AUGCAACCACUACAUUUCUCCGUAGGGGGACCACCUCCGGCAGCGGAGGGAAAAGGAAAACUUGAUCUCAUGGAGGAGAGAUUAAGAGUGGUCAAAGGUUCCAUUGAUUACCCUUUUGCUGAUAUGACCAAUUUAUGUUUGGUACCAGAUGUUAUCAUCCCUCCCAAAUUCAAGGUACCAGAUUUCGACAAAUACAAAGGGACCACUUGCCCCAAAAAUUAUCUAAAAAUGUAUUGUCGAAAGAUGAGGGCGUAUUCAAGGGAUGAGAAGUUGCUCAUGCACUUUUUCCAAGACAGCUUAGCCGGGGCAGCGAACACCUGGUACACUAGCUUGGAACCCUCCCAGAUCCAUUCUUGGAAGGACCUAAUGGUUGCCAUCAUUAGGCAAUAUCAAUACAAUGCUAAUAUGGCUCCAGAUAGAAUGCAGCUCCAGAACAUGUGCAAAAAGGAGCACGAAUCUUUCAAAGAGUACGCCCAGAGAUGGAGGGAUUUGGCGGCUCAGGUAGCACCUCCCAUGAUGGAAAGGGAGAUGAUCUCCAUGAUAGUGGACACACUCCCAAUGUUCUACUAUGAGAAGUUAGUAGGGUACAUGUCCUCUAGCUUUGCGGAUCUAGUAUUCCCGGGCGGGAGGAUCGAGGUAGGCCUAAAAAGGGGGAAGUUUGACUAUGUCGCUCCUGCCAGCACAAGCAACAGAAGAUCCAGGGCGACUGAGGCAAAGAGGAAAGAUGGGGAUGCUCAUGCCGUAACCUCAGCUCCUGCUUGGCCAAAACCCCAAUCAACCCCUCACAAUACUCAACAGUAUGCCCAACACCAUCCCAGCUUUUUGGCCCGCGCUAGAAACCCUUCCAACUCGGCACCCGUCCAGCAAAGGACAUCUGCCCCACCACAAAGAGCCCCCGCUCAAGCCCCGGCUCCUACAAGGCCUCAUCCUGCCGGCGAUUUCAAUCCUAGCACAAGUUCUAAUUCGAGGAGGAACCCUCUAGUGAAGAAGCUUUCAGAAAGAAUCUACCAGUCUCCUUUCCUGAGGUGGUACAACCCCGACGCGAACUGCGCGUAUCAUGGAGGUACUCCGGGGUAUUCAAUUGAGCAGUGUGUGGCCCUCAAGCAUAAGGUCCAAAGCUUGAUUGAUGUGGGAUGGCUAACAUUCCAAGAAGAUGACCCAAAUGUGAAAACAAAUUCGCUCGCUAAUCAUGGGGGACUGGCGAUAAAUGCAAUAGAGGCAUACGGGCUACAGAGGCCUAAGCAAAUGAAGGGCGUGGUAACCUCAAGAAGGUUUAUCUUUGAAGCUUUGCAAGAGGAGAGCAUGGUUUCGUUUGAUGGGCACAAAGGGGACUCCCGUUUGAUGCAUCCAGGUGCAUCACAUGACAUGGAAACAUGUUCAAUGGCGGAGGAGCUGUUACAACAAAUUAUGGACCAAGGCCGGUUUGAGAUCAGUGAAGGGAACAAGGGAGAACAACACAUAUGCAUGCAGUCGGCGGACAAAGAAAGCCCUACUAAACCCAAGCCUUUGGUGAUACACCUCACCAGGGAUGUGGCCUCCCAGAAACCCCAAGGUUCUCGACCUAUCCCGGGCAGCAAACCUGUCCCCUUCCCUAAUCAAAGCAACAAGGCAGUCUCGUGGAGAUACGCCCCUCGCCAGCCCAGCGAAAAGAGGGACGGGGCUGUCAAGGGUGGCUUACCUUCUUCCAAAGUUACCAACAUCGCUAGCAUAAGUGGUGUGACCCGUAGUGGACGCGUCUUCACGGCACCUGACCCAUUGGUACGGUCUAAAGACUCCAAAGGAAAAGUGAAGGUGAUCGCAGAAGAGACCAACGAAGUGAGCCCCACUCUAGAUAGGAUGUUCUGGUCAGGAGAUCCACUGAGAAAGGAGGAGACUUCAACGGAAAGAAAGUGUCCAUAG